CGAAUAUGUUCGUCACGCAUUGAUCGUGACAUCCGGCGGACCCAAUCACCUAGAUCGUAAUCGUCGCAUCCGACAAUGGUGGCCGAACUGACGGACAUACCGAUUGCGAGCGUAGAACGAAAAACACCUACGGUUGACCCAGGGAAGCUUCGAUCCUCUGCCAGGCGAAGGAACCGACCUAGGUGGAUCCAGACGGCGACUCGCGAGCCGAUUUACAGCGUGCUGGACAGCAACGAACGUGUGGUACCUAGGUACGAUUUACCCGUAGGUGUAAAAAGGAAGGUGGUGGUGAUCAGCGCGGUGAAGAGCGAUAAAAGAGGAGAUAAACCGACGGCUGAAGAGGUAGAAGAUGAAGAUCCUCUUUACAGCGUGGUAAGGAAGCCUAAGAAGGUUCGUUUACCAUCGGAAACCGGCGGCUUCUUCGAGAGAAGAAGCCUUCAUCCCAUCAAGGAAGGCUCCUCCGAAGAGAAGACUUGUUCGCGACAAGAGGAAUUGAGAAAGUGGUUGCAAAUCGCUUCGAAACAGCUCCCGGAACCACGACGAUUAUUUACUCACGGUGAAAUGUACACGAAUCAUCCUGGAGAUCACGAUCAAUUACCACGAUCCGUUUCCAUGCCUCGAGGAAUCGUUGGUCUAGUCGGACCUUACCGAGUUUAUCAGAAUCCGAACGAAAGAAGAGAGUACAUGCUUCAGGAAGAGGAAUUGGUCGAAGAGGUGGUCGAUUCCGUGAGUGAAAUAGCUGCUCGGGAGAACGAUACCAAGGAACAUCGUCAGAGAGCGAAAUGGAGGAUCAGGGAGGAAGACGAGGAGACCUUGGUACCCGAUAUUCGUGACAUUCCUGGCCUCGAAGAGUUCACCGGGGAGGUAGACAAUAAGGAGACGUCCGAAUGGAAACAGGUCGACGAUCAGAGUACCAUCGAGUAUAAUAAAACUGAGGAGAUAUCGAAAUCUAAGGACGAAUCUAAGGGUAGUUUCAGUGAAAUUCUCACUGGUAAAGAAGAGAGAGCGAUUGAUGUGCCCGAUGAUACUUCCACUAUUUCUACAUCUUUGGUGAAGGAGAAGAAGGCCAGCAAUGAACAGAACGACAAGGACAGCCUGAACGAGACGGGAAGCACAACGGGUGGCACGGUGGAGGGUGCACCUGGGGGUGCCCCUAACAGGGGUGAAAGAAACCCUGAAACCGAGGGUACUACCGUCGAGACAACGAGAACCUCGGUCCCUUCUAGGUCUCUGGUCUCUAGGAUCUUAUCUAAGACACGCUCUACGAACGAUCUACUGGACCAUUCUGAGCCCUUUUCGCAGCUAUGGAUCGUUCUAUCGAAUGUCUACGGUCAACUUAUCAUCGUGAUGAUGAUCGCUCUGUGCUUGGCAGAGGUGAUGGAUACACCUGUUCCUCUUCUAAGUUUGCAAGGAGUGUUCCUGAUGUACCUAUACGUUGGAAGCAUAGCGGUGAUCAUCAGUAUCUAUAUUUGGGUGUUGGUGGACAGCUGUGGAAGUCUUGGUACCGGUGCGGCCGGUGUCGACGACGCGGAACUCGGUGGAGCGUCCUUAACCAGGUUCGGAUCAUUGAAACGCGCUCACAUCUCGCGAUCUAGAACAGCACCGACGAGUUUUUACAUACGUGUCGGAGCGCUACUCUUUGGUUUAGCGACCCUCGUCUUCAACGGUUUGGAAAUGGCGAUGCAUUCGAUGAUGCAAGGCGCUGAAUGCUUGAGCGACGUUGUUUUCGUGCAUCCGGUACUUCACGGUCUCUUCACCUUCCUGCAAAUGCAUUUCCUAUUCGUUAAUUCGCAGGUACUCGUAGAACGAUUUGGAUUAGCAGCAAGGUUCGGAUUCAUCCAUCUGGCAGCAACGAAUAUCGCAGUAUGGGUUCGUUUAGUCAUUUGGGAUUCUGCUCAAGAGUGGACGUACUUCGUUCACCUGGCGCAGCGAGGUUUGCACAACUCCGUUUCACCCUUGAAUCUCCGUGGCUUCCCAGAAUCACUGAUAAGACAUACUCGAGAUCUGAUAGGUUCGUUUCCCUUUCAACUUUUAACAGCAUAUAUUUUCAACAAAAUAUACGUUUACAUUUCAGAUCAUUCUUCGAGCGAAAAGGACGUCUACCAACCGUAUCAACCAAUUUCGAAUGAACAGAUCGAUCAAGUGAUCGCCUUACAGGAAUGCUUGAACACAAAUACCCUGGGUCAAUUAUGGACAUCUAGUAUGCCGUUUCUCUAUCCGUUUAUAGUGCAAUUCAGUUUGAUCGCUGCUGCUGUGACUUUCGUGAUGGGUCAAAAUGUCGGGAGGAGUCGUCUGGUGCAUAAACAGAAGUUCCAUGGCAGCAAGGAUCUGGCUAGUCACACCAAAGUUGGCUGCGAUGGUUCCAGCAAAGGUUUAUUCCUCGGCAUACUCUGCAUGGUUGCUGGCAUAGUAGUCAUACUGAUCUUCCUCGUCGUCAGAGAAGACGAACACUUCCCUUCGGCCACGUUAUCCUGGCUGACCUGCGGUACUCUGACCAGCAUUUUAACCCUGAGCACCUUGAUGACCGCCAGUGGUCUCGUUCAAGUACGUCAGAUGUCCGUGGUGAGCAGAGCACCGGCAGCAUUGGACAGCCUGCUGUCGAAUGUAGCUCUGUUCGGAGUUCAACUCUACUCCAUUUUCACCAUCGUCGUUUCCGCGUGUUCCUUGGCCCUUCUCGAGGACGUAAGCAACGAGACUCGAGGAAGAUACAUCAUGUUGCUAGCUGCGUCCAUCUUGCAACUGGUCCAGUCUUUCGCUCAAAGUACCUUAAUAGCAGAAGCCUCGAAGAGAUCCUGUAUAACCCGUUUCCAGAUAAUAGCAAAACCUGCCAGGCAAGUGAUCACUUUCCUGUUGUUCAGCAAUUCCGUUCUCUGGGCGUUCGACACUGUGAUCACCCAGAAUUGGAUCUCGCAAGAGCUCCAGUUGAGAUUCUUCGGAGUCCUCGCCUGGGGAGUUAUAUCCAGGAUCGGUCUUCCUUUAUUGAUCUUCUACCGGUUCCAUAGUUGCGUGUUGCUGCUAGAAGCAUGGAAUAAAUGUUAUAGAAUGCCGAGAGGUGAACAUCCGCUCAACUGACGACACAGAACGCUGCGCCCAUGUUUCUCUAGAUUGCAGCCGAGAUCGCACCGCUCCUAUUGUCGCAGGAAGGUAACCAUAAAUCUACGCAAGGGUAACGAAUGGUCAUCCACGAUCCAGAGAACCCCGAAGAGAUUGUUCAGCCCGAAUUCGGUGCAUUUCGUUCCUU